UCAUAGCCGAUGGCAUAGCUUACAGAAUGCACAUCUACUUGCAUAUAUAGCAUACACCUAUGCUUGCUUUAUUUUCACCCGGAUUUUCAUAAUAAACUUUAAAAUUACUGCCCGACCAUGUCCUCGCCACUGCUGGAAAUCUGCAUCGAUUCGUUCGAUUCGGCCGUGGCAGCGAUCCGCGGUGGAGCAGACCGCCUGGAACUGUGCGCCGCGCUGAGCGAAGGUGGCCUAACACCAUCCGUGGGAUUGCUUCGCGAGAUACGUAGAUUCACCCUGGAGAAUGUCGCCCAACAACGGGAGGUAAAGCUAUACGCUAUGGUGCGAUGUCGCCGAGGAAGCGACUUCUGCUACAGUGAACCCGAGCUGCGGAUUAUGCUACACGAUUUGGAACUGCUGGCGCAGAAUGGAGCCGAUGGAUUCGUGUUUGGAGCGCUGGAUGAGGCCGGGAAUGUGCACCGGGAGCACUGCGGGUUGGUGGUGGCGGAAGCGUCGAAGCACAAAAAGCCGGUCACAUUUCACAGGGCGUUUGACUGUACGGACCGGAGUAAGAUGGUGGAAAACUUGGAGUUGGCGGGAUCGUUGGGGUUCACGACGCUACUGAGCAGUGGACUGGAGAGAACGGCCUUGGAAGGAAUCCAGAAUCUCACGGAAAUGGUCAAAUUUGUGUCAGAGAGCGAACGUAUGCAACUAACGGUAAUGCCUGGGUCGGGUGUUUCUCCGAGGAACGUACAAGAGAUAGUUCAAAAGACUGGAUGCCGAGCAGUUCAUGCUUCAGCUCGCUCGCUGAGAAAGGGCCCCAAAGGAGGCUCUAUUUCGAUGGGAGGAAAUGCAGCUGAUGGCGAAGGACUGCUGGUAUGUGACGAGACAAUCGUGAGGGAAAUCAAAAAUCUACUAAAAAGUUAAAGGGAUGAGAUAUGAAGCCGUAAAUCAAAGAAAACUUCCAAUUAUUCAACAUAAACGUUAUUAUGGUACCUGCAAUAAAAUUAAUAUAUAUUAUUGAGCAAUAAUAGCUUAAACCUUUGAAGACGGAUUUUUUUAAGCGUUAUUAUAGAGUUUUCUCUAGUGGUUUUAGUGCUCAACAGCAUAAAAAGGGUAGAAUAUGGUGCAGAAUACUUUUUUCUUGACAUCCUAGGUCAUCCAGUAUCUUCAGUAUCUUGCGUAUACUGCCCCUUUUGGCAUGUCAGUCCCAUGUUGUUUCUAAUGCGAAUCAUAUUUUUGUCUCUCACGAGCCCAUGUAAAAUAAAUUUGAUAUUUUUCUCGCCUCAUUUCACAGCUCAAUGUGCCACGAAAAGUGUAUGCACCACAUGAAAACACUUUUUGGAAAACAUUCGGAGUUAUAGUGCAAAACGUAGGCACUUUGAAAAACAACAUGGGACUGACAUGCGAAGAGGGGCAGUAUAGAUCUUAAAAUAUACAAGUGUAGCGGUCAUUUCUUUCAUUAUACAAAGCUACUGUUUGUAUUCUAUUAUGUCCAGUAAGUCUUCUGAAAGUUCAAAAGACAGAACCAGAUCAGUCGGGUUCUCCUAGGUCUUCCAAACUGUUCUUGAGCUUAGAUCCUAAAGUCUACGGGUGUAACGGUAACUUUUUUAUUAUACAAAGCUAUGCAAUAUGUAAUAUAUCAUGUUCAGCAAAUCUUCUAAAUGAUCAAUGGACAUCAUCAGAUCAGCUGAGAUCAUCCAAAUUAUUAUGAAGUUAAAAAUCUAGCCUCUACAGCAAUAAUUGCAGUUUCUAUUUUGGCUAUAUAGAGUUAUGUUGUAUAAUCUACCGAUCUAAUCAGCGUUUUGUAGAUAGUCAACUUCGGUGUGACGGCGAACUAUUUUCGAUCGUAGAAUUCGAAGUCCAAAGUAAGCUAGAUUUCCUGCCAUAAUGCGCCUCUAAAUUUCUCUGCUGGUGGAUGAUUUGAAAUAACUCGUCAAAAUUAUCUUGACUCAUGAAAUGCCAGGGAGAUUACAGAUUACAUUUGGAUGUGUAAUGUUACAAUUCAUUGUUACUGACAAGAGCUAAACUUCAGGGCAGUUUGGACGACCCUUAACGUACCAAAGGUUAAUAAUAAUAUAUAGUAGACUUCAGUUUGGUUCAGUAACUGCGGUUCAAUAUGCAACGUUAAUCAGUAUAGCAGAUAUGGCUACUGUUACGAGUGUAGACCUGAAGUUCUGAACUUCAAGGUAGUUUGGCUGAUCUGGGAUAUCCCUAUAGUGUCACUAAAUGACAUUUGAGAUUUCAGGAGCUUCACGGAUCGCAGCAGAUUAUGCAAUAAUAUACCGCAUUUAGUUCACCACUGGACUGCGAACUGCGACUUCAUAAGUGCGAAAACGUAAAUAAAAG